AUGUCUGUGCCAUCACCCCUGAGGGUGCUGCCCAGCCCCCCGAAUGCCACUGCAGGCAUUCCUGUGAGCAACCAGACCAAUGAGACAUUCUGCACAAGCAGCCAGCAGGUGGUGAUCCCUGGUGAACUCUUCCUGACCCUGGGGAUCCUGAGCUUUGUGGAGAACUUGUUAGUGGUGGCUGCCAUUGUCAAAAACCGGAACCUGCAUUCACCCAUGUACUAUUUCAUCUGCUGCCUGGCUGUGUCAGACAUGCUGGUGAGUGUCAGCAACCUAGUGGAGACCCUCUUCAUGCUUCUGCUGGAGCAUGAGAUGAUGGUUGUGCAGCCCACCACCGUGAUGCACCUGGAUAACGCCAUGGACAUGCUGAUCUGCAGCUCCCUGAUGUCCUCGCUCUCCUUCCUCGGCGUCAUCGCCAUUGACCGCUACAUCACCAUCUUCUAUGCCUUGCGGUAUCACAGCAUCAUGACCAUCCAGAGGGCCGUCACCAUCAUCGUGGUUGUCUGGGUGGUCAGCAGCAUCUCCAGCACCAUCUUCAUUGCCUACGAUGGCAAGGCGGUCAUCCUCUGCCUGGUCAUCUUCUUCCUCUCCAUGAUCACCCUGAUCAUGGGCCUCUACAUCCACAUGUUCAGCCUGGCUCACCAACACGCCCGCAGGAUCUCCAGCCUGCAAAGGAAGCAGUCGGCGCCCCACUUCACUAGCAUGAGAGGGGCCAUCACCCUCACCAUCCUGCUGGGCGUCUUCUUCAUCUGCUGGGGCCCCUUCUUCCUUCACCUGAUCCUCAUCCUCACCUGCCCUGAGAAGCCCGCCUGCAACUGCUACUUCAGAUACUUCAACCUCUAUCUCAUCCUCCUCAUUUGCAACUCUGUGGUGGACCCCAUAAUUUACGCCUUCCGGAGCCAGGAGCUCAGGAGGACUUUGAAAGAGGUGGUCUUAUGCUUUUGGUAA